AUGGGAGGCCUAGGUGUGCGAUCAGCUGAGCGCACAGCACCGGCGGCAUACUGGGCCGCCUGGGCGGACGCUUUGGUGCCCCUGCGCGAUCGGCUCCCUGAGGGGGCCGACGGGUACACGGAACCCCUGGAAGCAGGAGGGGGCCAUGCAACGUGCCUACAGGACGCGGCUGAGGCCAGGCGGACCCUGCAGGGCGAAAGGUGGGCGGAUUGUCCCACGUGGCGCGUGGUCUUUGAGGGCCAGUUCGCACGCGCAGCGAGCGAAACAAGUGCGGGCGGCUGGCAAGGCCAUGCGACGCGGAUUCAAACCAAAUACUAUCGCGAUCGCGCGGGCCCGCAAGCCGGCAUGUGGUUCACUGCCAUCCCGGCUGAGGCAGCCACCACCUUGCCGCCGCAAGCCAUGCUAGUGGCAUUGCGACGUCGCCAGCGAUUGGCCCUGCCACUUUGCCCGUUGCAUGUUUGUUUUUUGGUCAUGCAUGUUUUAGUUGUGCUUUCCUACUUGGCAAACAUGUUUACUUCCGUAGCUUGGCUCUAG